AUGGAAAAGAGCGUAUCCAAGCAAUGCCUCAACGCUUACGCUAGCACAGCAACAAUCCAUGGCGUCCGCUACAUCAUCGGUGACUCAAACGAGUCAAAAAAGUCAUACAGAAUCUUUUGGAUUCUUGCCUUCAUUUGCUCAAUCGUUGGACUAGGAUAUUAUGCCCAUGGAGUCUACAUGAAAUGGAGCAUCGAACCAGACAUUGGAUUAACCGUCCGCAUGCGUCCAAUGAGGGAAAUUCCAUUCCCUGCAAUCACAAUUUGCUCACCUUUAUUUGCUCGAGAUAGUAUGGCAAAUUUUUCACGAUUCUAUGCUGAAUAUACAGCAACAAGUGGAAAAAUUCUUCCAUAUUUAACACCGGAAGAGCAAAAUUACUUGUCAGCAAAUAUUCAAGCUUGCACGCCAACAUCAUCACCGAUGAUUGAAAAAAGUUGCCGAAAUCGAACAGAAAAAAAUAUUCCAAAAUUAUUACGAGAAUCUUCACUUAAAGUUCCCGAGCUAUUUGCCGCAUGCCGAUUCAAAAAGAAUUAUAUGAAAUGUGAGAAAAUGUUAAAUCGCGUGUUAACAAACAACGGAUAUUGUUACACAUUAAACAUGCAAAGCUAUCAGACGAUCUUCAAUGAAAAUGUUAUAAGCCGCGAUUUUGAUUCGUUUAAAAGAGAAACAAUUGCAAAAUCAUUCGAUAAAGAAAAUCAAUUGUAUAAUGAGAGCUUUAAUGAUGCUGAUGGAAACAUGACUGACCCCAAUCAAUGGUCCCUCGACACCGGUUACAUCACAAACGACGACAAUGUCUUUCCCAUCAGAGCAAUUAAGAUCAACCAGCUAACAGUCUACAUGAAACUUACAGAAUCUGACUCCACAAACCUCUGUUUAUCCCAAGGCAAAGGCUACAAGAUAAUCUUCCAUCUCCCAAAUGAGAUUCCAACGCCAUUCCAUGAUGAAUACUUUAUCUCAUUUGAUUACGAGCGAAUGAUGACUCUGACAGCAAAAUCAUUUAGGAACAACCCAGAGAUGAGGAAAUAUGCACCGGAAUCGAGACGUUGCUAUUUUGACGGUGAGCGAAGCUUGAAAUAUUUUAAAUCGUACACAAAAGCUCAUUGCGAUUAUGAAUGCAUGACGAACUACACGUUGAAACAAUGCGGCUGUGUUAAAUUUUCAAUGCCUCGAGAUGAUGACACGCCUGUUUGUGAUUUAGACAAGACAAAAUGUUAUUUUAAGGCGAUGAUGGAGUGGCCUGAUAAAGAUGAUGAGUCUCAGCAGGGGGAUGGAAAGAUGUUGAUGCCUUGCAACUGUUUACCAAGUUGUAGUGACAUUAAGUAUAGCGUUAAGUUGGAUAAGGAAGCUAUAUUGGAUUCGGCUAUUAGAUUGGCGCAUGUUAAGAAUAAGAGUGAGAGUAAUGUGUAUGCUAGGAUGGCUAUAAGGUUCAAUGAUCAUUCGAUUGAUGAACAGGAGAAUUAUGUGGCUUAUAAGUUGCAAAAUUUCAUUGCCGACUUUGGAGGUCUCCUUGGACUCUUUAUGGGAUGCUCAAUAUUAUCAAUUGUUGAAGUCAUCUUUCACUGCAUCAGAGCUUGCUUUAAGAAAGGACAAGUUCAAGAAAUUGAAAUUCAAUCAGUUCCACUUGAAGAUGCUAUUAAAAAUGGGACGAAGCUAUCAAACCAGAGCUUCCAAAUGAACUCAACAAAUGGAUGCUAUUGCAAGAAUAAUGAAGGAUUUGAGAGCUUAAAGUGAACAUAUUGCUCAAGAUGCACCAUUGGAC